CUCAUUGGCUCCAUAAAGGAGCAAUGAUAGCCAAGACAAGUAAUUUUUUAGAGUGCUGUCAUUUUGCUCCCCACGUAUUUAGCUUGAGAAGAUAUAGAUUUUUCUUUUCGAUUGCACCUUAAGAUGAAAUGAUUUGACUACAAUCUACUUAGCUGAAAACUAGUUAAUCAUUGUGGAGAGUUGUCGAGUGGCACAGUAGUAAGAAUCACAUGGAUUGCAACUUCAGUCUUGAAGUUGAUGACAUGAUUAAUGGUAAUUGAGUUCGUGUGCGGAUCAAAUAAGCUGCGUGAUGUGUUGGUGUUCGGCAUGGAACUUAACAUGUGGGAAUGUAAAUCCUGUUGUCCUGCAUCUCGUUCUCAAUUCUGUCUCUAAUAAAGAUAAUGUUGGUGUUGACACUCCUUAUGUUACUUGAGAUUCUUGGUACAAUAUUUCACAAAACUAGCAUCGGCGUGCUAGACAGACAGAGCCUGAGGAAAUGCUUGUGAAGACUCGUCUAGUGCUCCUGUCUUCAAAAUUGACGGGUGAAGGCUUUAGCCUCGAAUCAUAUUUGUGCAAUGGAUGUGUAAUAGGUUUGUUUUGACAAUUCUCACUUGGUUUCUCAAACGUUAGAAGCACUACUUGCUUCGGAUAAAUUUGAAGCUAGAAGAGCCAAACUGUGUUUUUCCAAUUAUGGAUCUUAGAAGUGGCCAAAAGAAAUUUGUAUAGACCUUAGAAGCAGAGCUCGUGUACCGUCUCACUCACUCUGCCUCUCAUGUUUUCUGCAUUUAGAGAGAGAGAGAGAGAGAGAGAGAGAGAGAGAGAGAGAGAGAGAGAGAGAGAGAGAGAGAGAGAGAGAGUCAUCUCCUAAAUUUUCUCCACACUUCAUGUUCAUGGAGUUGGGAUGAUUGACAAUCACCCAAAUCUGAUGAAAUUGUCCCCUCGGGAGAAGCAGUUCCUAACGAUACGAGGUCGCAACUUGAUGUGAACAUGAUGACACAGCACGAAUUGUGACCCCUUUUCACCCCUUACUCUGUUUCUUCCAUUACCAAGUUGAACUCAUAACAGGGUGGAUCGAUGCAUCCUGUAGCCGGUUACAAACACAUAUUUGGAAAAAAAUGCCCUUACAUUAGUCCAUGGACGACGACUUGCUUACGUUCACGACACCCGCUUCUCCCUAUUUUCAAAAAAAUCCAUAAAUUUGAUUUUGCAAGUUUAAAAGGGCUCUGGAUGCUGGCUCUCUUCAUAAAUGAAGUCACAGCCUAAGUUACAUAUUAAAGAGGCCAAGGGCGACAGUUUAUAAGGGAAGGCACAGAAUUUGUUGGAUGAACCCACCAUAAGCCAGGAAGAUCAACAUGUGCUCCAAAAUCUUUUGGUGGCCACUGUGUUUCAUCAUGAUCCUCGUACACCCUUUCGCUGCUUUUCAAAAUCCUGAUCCAUUCUUUUACUCUGACUCUUUAUGUGUUAUUAUGUCAAUUUUUCUCCCUUCAUUUUUCAGGUUCUCUCUAGUUUGACAGUUAAAAGAUGGUGCCUCAUGACAGAACAGACCCAACAAAAGGUAGACUGUGAGGCUAGGGAAUCUAUCAGCAAGUCUUUAACUGAAAUUGAGAAGAUCGCGACUUUGCUACCUCCGCUUGAUUUAUCGACAACGAAUUUGGCAAGGGUGAUAGGCUCGUACCUCGGUGGCUCUGAGCUCUCAUUCCAAUCUAUUCAGAUAAAGGUAGCGCCAGUGCUGUUUCUAGCGCUUUCUACGAUCCCAUAUCUGUCGCGGGUAUCUUAUAUCGGCGCAGAUGGUCUUCUGCUUUCAUACCAUGGCGACAAUGAUCAUGCUUUUGCAACAUAUUCCAACGCAUCCUCUUCAUCAGUCUGGUAUACUCAGCCUGUUGACCGCCGCACAGGACAGCCGUUCGGAGAGGCAGUUACUACACAAUCUAUGAUCUCGGUCAACGACAGCUGGUUUCAAGAAGCCUUAAAUGACGCUAGAGGCUACCCGCUCCUAGGAAAUGCUUGGAACAAAAAUCAAGACCUCCUGAUUCUUUAUAUUACGCCGUGAAUGGACGAAGUGGCCUUGUUACCGCGGCUGUGCCAGCUAAAAUCGUGGAUGACUUGUUCGCCCCAUUAUAUUUCUAGGAGAGGACUUUUUCUUGGCUUCAGCGGACGGGAAAGUGAUCAUACCAACGGCACAUCCUCACACGCAGGUAGUGAUUAAGGACGGCACAGCUUUAGUGCAGACACUGCAGCCUGAUGGCCACACGAAAGCUCAAGUUGGUCAAGUCUCCUGUGAGCCCGGAAAUGGCAAAA